CUGGACCCAAACACAGUAAACAGACACCUCUCUCUGUCUGAGGAGAACAGAAAGGUGACACGUAGGAGAGAGGAGCAGCCGUAUCCUGAUCACCCAGAGAGAUUUGAGGACUGGGAACAGGUGCUGUGUAGAGAGGGUCUGACUGGGCGCUGUUACUGGGAGGUAGAGUGGAGUGGAAGAGGGGCUAGAAUAGGAGUGGCAUAUAAAGGAAUCAGCAGGAGAGGAAGAGGAGGAGGUAAGGACUGUCUUAUUGGAUACAAUGACAAGUCCUGGAGUCUGACCUGCUAUGACAACAAUUACACUGCCUGUCACAAUAAUAAUCCCACUACCAUAGACGUCCCCUCCUCCAGCCCCCACAGAGUAGGAGUGUAUCUGGACUGGCCAGCCGGCACUCUGUCCUUCUACAGAGUCUCCUCUGACACACUGACCCACCUGUACACAUUCACCUCCACAUUCACUGAGCCCCUCUAUCCAGCGUUUAGGGUUUGGGAUAAUGACUCCUCCUCCGUGUCCCUGUGUCAGGUGGUUCCUGUGUCAAACACAACAUGAUGUUUCACUCUAGUCAUGGGUUUUAUGUUUGAUCAGAAUAUGACCCUUAAAUACAUAGAGUAACAAACACCAAUUUGGGUUUAUUCCUUUAAAUAGUAACUCUGUGUCUGUCUCUUUCUGUGAUCCUGAGAAAAUGGUUCAGACGCACCACACACACACUUGACACACAGACACAGACACACACACACACACACACACACACACACAUGGAACCUUUUAGUUGUAUGUGUCCACAUAACUGAGUAUGUGACUGACCUUGUGAAACUGUUAUAAUGUCCUGUUCUUGGGAGUAAAAUCCUGUGUUGUCAACCAGCUGUCCGACUCACAAAAUAACUUGAACCCGACAAUAAAAAAGAAGGAAAACAGA